AUGAUCGGCCACGUUUGGCUGCUUCCCUCACCAUCACCCGUCACUGACACGAAUGGGAACUGUCACAUCAGUGCAGAACAUGCGGGGCCCAGAGGUGUGUUGCGGCUGGCGUCCCUGGUGGAGCUGGACCUGUCGGGCAACUGCCUGGCGGCGCACGGCUGCCUGGCGCCGCUGUCUGGGCUGCCCGCGCUGCGCCGGCUCGACCUGCGCGGCAACCCGCUGGCCUUCCACCCGCGCCACCGCGUCCUCGCUGCAGCCGAGCUGCACUCCGCCGCCCUCACCUGCGAGUUCGUGCUGGACGGGCAGCGCCUGUCGCAGUUGGAGCGUGCGGCGGGUCUGUCGGGGAGGCGGGAGGGGCGGAGUGGCAGCCGGCCGAGUUGGGCGAGUGCCGAGCGGGAGCCCCCGUCUCCCGUGCCGCCACCGCCCGAGGACUCCCUGUCCACCGCCAGCUCCACCGCCUCGGACAAGACCCUUGUCGCCGACGGCACGAUGCCGGGAAGGAGACAGUCGACGGCAGGCGGCGGCGACGGCAGCAAGACUGCACCCGUGAGGAAGUCGCGUCACGUGCGGAAGGCCGUCAUAUCGGACCUGGAGGCUGCAGACCCCACAGAUGACGGCUCCCUGACAGGCAGCGUCACGUCGAUCCGCAGCUCACCACCCGAUUUGAACGCAGAGCACCUGGAGACGAAGCGCAGGGUGGAGAGCCUGCGGCAGAUGUUCGGCCACGACAACUGGUUGCACAGCCAGGGUGGGACAUUCCUGCAGGACGUGCUCGGCCUGCCGCCCACCGCAGCCACUGCAUCCGCCUUGCUCGGUGGGACCGCACCCGGACCCGAUUCCGAACCCGCGGCCGCCCCGGCCAGUCCUGCAGUUGUCGACUCUGCUGUUGCGAAGGUAGACAGUGUGGAAGUGCUCAAGAAAGGAAACAGCGACACAUUGGAUGACUCGUGUGAACACACACUCUCAUCAGAAGAAGGGAGCGGACAGCGAGAAGAGGAAGAAAUAAUUCCACUGGCAGAUGAUGAGGAGGAAGCAGACGAGAGUGAGCAGCAGCUGUAUGCAGUGCGGCGGCUGCUCUCGGCGGUGGGGAAGCAGCAGCAGCAGACCCAGCAGCAGGAACUCUUCCUGGCCGUCACAGACAGGCAGCUGAAGGAGCGCGACACGGCGACCGGCCGGCUGCUCUGCCGCUGGCAGUCGGAGGCCCUGCAGAGCUGCGAGCUGCUGUCUGCGGAGCCGGCCCGCAUCCGCGUCACUUUCGACACCGUCAAGCCGGACCGCCGCGAGAGGACUUACUUCGUGGAAGAUGCCAAAGAUGCUCAGCACCUGCUACAAACCCUGAGGGCCAUCCUGGAUGAGAGGCCGCUGCAGGCGAACAACCUGAGCGUAUUCCGCUGCAUGAAGUGCUCGUCGCAGUUCUCCGAGGAAGUAGAGUCUCCCCUGGUUCCCGAUCCCCGGCUCGACGGGACCCUCCGGUGCCCGAACUGCGGCAGCGCCGUCGUGGUGCAGGCCGAGGAGGAGCCGCAGCCGCAGCCCGAGCAACAGCCACUGCCGCGGCCGACCGGAGCUGCAGUGGCAGAACCGCCGUCCCGCAGGAGGGCCGACGUCCGCACUGCCGUCGCUGCCACCGCACCAGCCCCGGAGGACCCUCCACUCGCCGACUCUCCCUCGCAGUCCAGCAUAGGUUCGGCGGCCUCGCUGGACGCGCUGGGGGAGCCGUCUGCGAGUGCGACGCCUUCGGGCACUGGCAGCGGGGGUCCGCGACGCUGCGAGAGCGACAUCGAGAUCAUCAGCAACCCCAGCCAGAGCAGCAUCGAAGUCCUGGAUGGCAGCGGAGCCAGGACGCCCGGCAGGAAGCGGUCCUCGGAGGAGCGGCAGGUGGCAGCCCACGGGUUCCCGGCGGUGGCGUGCCCGCAGGUGGCGGCGCCUCCGCUGCUGCCGACCCUCCCGCCGCCAAUGACGGAGAGCAGCAGCUCGGAUUCGCUGACUGACAGCGUGUGCACGGCUUACGAGGGCCGCGCCCCCGCCUCUGCGCCCGCGCCCGCCCCCGCGGCCGCCCUCACUGCGCCUCUACAGACCGGGCCAGGACCUCAGGUGGCGGAGCCCGCGGCCAGCCCUCCAGAGCGAGUACCUUCCUCCGAUCUCACGGCUCUGCCGUCGGCAGGUGCCCCGCGGCGAGCGGCGCCUCGGCCGGACGCGACGCCCCGGCCCGGCGUCCCGCUGCCGGACGUGCCGCAGUAUUCGUACGUGGACUUCGGCUGGGCAGACCACCGCAUCAAGCUGCACCUUUACGUCAGUGUCUUCCAGCAGCGGGACGAGGAGCUCACCACACUCGUCAAGGGUCACGUGCUCUGCAAGAACUUGACACAACCGAAACCUGCACUCGUGGUCCUAUCGACGCACAAGGUCUACCUCCUCUACAUUACGAGACAGGAGAGUGACGAGCCGCGGCGGUGGCUGGUGCCGGCAGACUCGUGGCCGCUGCGGCAGCUGCGGGAGGUGCGAGCGCUGCCCUGGGGGCAGGGCGUGUCGCUGCUGCUCUCCCCGACCGGCUCGACGCCGGCUGCGGCGGCGCUGCUGCUCCUCCUGUACGACGCGGACCACACCUCGGCCCUCCUCGCCCACUUGGCAGGGCUCAGUCUCGGGGACGGGUGCCGCGUGGAGGGGGAGCCGCUGCAGCAGCACACGGAUGCGGUGAGGUGUCUUGCAGCCACUCCGGACCGACCGGACGAUGACGUCCGCAUGGCGGCAUUCUUCGUGGCAGCCAGUGUCAUCACCGACUCCGGGACCGUCAGCCUGGGCUCGGGGACACUGGCGAUCGGCGAGUCGACGCUGUCGCUGUCGACCGACUCGCUGCUGUGGCUGCUGCCCUCCUCCGGGAAGCCGCCCGAGCUCUGGGCGGCACAGAGCAUCAGCAACCUGGUGGAAGUGGAAGUGGACGGGGAGACAGUUACACCGGUCUUCCUGGACGAGUCGUCCGGCACCGCACGAGAAAUCCGCUGGGUGCUCCGGAUGGGCAGUGCGGCCGUCGUGUCGGCCCUCCUGGACGCGGUGCGGCCGCCGUGGGAGCAACUGUUCUCACUGCCCCUGCAGGUCUCUCUGUCUGGGCAGUCCAGAUAACACAGCUGACGAUGUCCACAGGACUGCUCACGUGUCUGUGUGUGUAAGCAAUGAGCAAUACUCUCUAAUCUUCCAUGUGCUGCCUGCCAGUCUCUCUCAGAUCUUCCAUGUAUCAUUUUGUUAAAUGUGUAGUAUGUGCAGAGGAUAUGUGUGUGUGUGUGUGUGUGUGUGUGUGUGUGUGUGUGUGUGUGUGUGUGAGAUUUUUUUUUAAGACAAAGUAGUGAGAUAAUCACAGAACAGAGAACAGGUGCAGCUUUUGUUUGGAAGUUCUGUGUCAACUUUUAACAGGUCUAAGUCCAAUGUUGUUAUAUCUCCUAUACCCUUAAUAUAUAUCAUUACGGCUGGAAUGUGUCAUUCUGCAUCCAGUGAGCAAGCAAAAAGGGGACUUGUGGGCUCCGGGACACAGCUGUGCGCCACCUGUGCCACGGAUGAAAGGAAGGGGAGAGUAGAAUAAAAUUACUCAAAAGGCUGCUGGCUGAAAAUCUCUUCUCAUUUGGUGGGCAGCUGUUCUGCUGCAGUAGGUACCUUUCGUUGUCAUAUUUUAAUUGCAUCUAGUUUCACAGAGAGCCUUUCUCAUUAGUACAUACACCCCUGUCCUGGUUCCCUCUUAUUAUAUUAGGAGGAUUUAAGAUUCCCCCCCCCCCCCCCCACUCUCUCUCUCUCUCUCUCUCUCUCUCUCUCUCUCUCUAUCUCUCUCCUGCAAUAGGCAAUGAGUACUAAAGGAAGAAAUAACAGUAUGACUGUCCCUCUGUGUUGCACCUAUCCAGAUGACUUAACCCUUGUCCACGUCAUGUGUCUGAAUAUAAACGUCACUUUCCAAAACUUUCCUUUUAACCAAGUAAACUCAUAAACAUAAACAUUUUAGGUAGUGUUGCACUGCAGAUGCUUACAUCGUGUUAUUAAAUGUUUCAUAGAUGUAACGAGGCUCAGCAUCCUGUAAAGUUCAGCCAUUUGCGUAACAUUUGUGAAAUUUCUAGAAAGAACAAGUUACUGCUUCCAGUGAUCUAUUUUACUGCUUCUUUCAUUGCUUAUAGAUGAUGUUUUAUUGAUUACAACAAAGUUUUGGUGUCUCUUUGCUCUCAAAUGCUGUUUCUCUGUGCCUUAUUCUCCAUAUCUCUCGGGGUCGACUCCCUUCACAGUCCUGUUACACCACUCUGAAUGUAUUUGCAUCAUUUUAGGGUGCAGUCUCGUUGUUACCAGGUCGUUGUCCGCAGCUCGUGGUCUUGUGGUAGCGUUCUCGCUUCCCGCACACAGGGUCCCGGGUUCGAUUCCCGGCGGACUCAGGGAUUUUCUCUGCCUUGUG